GUUUUCGGACCGGUCCACAGAGACACAGCUCCCACCCUAGGAUGCUGAGUCCUGACAUUCCAUCGCCACAUACAUCAUUCAUCAGAGGCACAUAGGGUGUUUCGUGCGGCAGCCAUGGCGGCGCCCCUUGCGCAUUUCGAUGAUGAGUGGCACGAUUUUAAGGAAUUUGAGCCGGUUUCAGAGCAGGGGACUCGGGUGGACCGAGUAAACUUGGUUGUCGAGCAUGUGACGGGCGAUCUGAAGGUUCUUCCAGAGCUCAACAACAGCUUUUCUUUCGAAAUAGGCAGCUUCAAGUCCAUGGAAGAUCUGGUGAACGAUUUCGACGACAAAUUGACAGUGUGUUUCCGAAAUUUCAACACCAAAAAUGAGAACAUUGCCCAUGUAAACAUUAGCACCGAGGAUACAACAUUGAGGAACGACGAGAUCUGGAAUGCUCUCGCAGAUAAUUAUGGUAAUGUCAUGGCAGUGGACUGGAAACAGUCUCGAACGCGCUCCCUCCAUCUCCCCACUCUAAAACUUGAAGACAAACCAAGGGUGGAUGAUGUAACACUGGAACUGUCCGACGACGAGGAGCUGAGGGAACAGAUGGACAUGCACACCAUCAUCGUCUCCUGCUUCAACGACGAACCCCUCUUCACCGCAGAACAGGUUAUUGAGGAGAUAGAGGAGAUGAUGCAGGACUCUCCUGACCUGGAGGCAGAGCAGAACCACCCAUCUCAGUCAGACCUCUCCAUGCUCUCUCUGGACAUCCAGCUCUCCAGCACAAACCCCAGCUAUGAAGAGCGAGAGAGGACCCUGUGUGUAGCAGAGCUGAAUGAGAUGCUAGAGGAGGUGGAGAUGGCCAUCAGACGUUACAGUGAGGAGCUGAUUCAACACCUGGCCCUAAGGGACGAGCUGGACUUUGAAAAAGAGGUGAAGAACAGCUUCAUCUCUAUCAUGAUAGAUGUGCAGAACAGACAGAAGGAACACAGGGAAUUACUGAAGAAGAAAAAAAUAAUCAAGAGUGGUGCCGGGGCCCCGCAGGGCCGACCAGAGAGAACACAAGCACUAGGAUCACGCUUCAGCAUGGAGGGGCUCUCCUCUGCCAUUCAAAAUGGCUUCCGGCAAACUUUUGGGAGCAGUGGAAGUGAAAGACAGUAUCUGACCACAGUCAUCCCUUAUGAGAAGAAAGGAGGUCCUCCAUCGGUGGAAGAUCUUCAGAUCCUUACCCAAAUCCUGCAAGCUAUGAGAGACGACAGUGACAAGGUGCCCAGUCUUCUGACAGACUAUAUUCUCAAAGUGCUUUGCCCAACAUAGACUGGAAGGACGAUAACUGACAAUUUGGAAACGAGUUUGCCUGAAAGGCAUCAAGAUUAUUGGCAAGUGUUUCCUGGCCGAUGCCGCUAAGAAGAACUACCACACAGCCUACGAUGAUUGCA